AUGUCUCUUUACAGUUUGAGUUUGGACAGAGACCAUUUUGGGCUCUCCAAGCUUCCGUUCCACUCAUUAUUGGUGCAUUGGCGUAUUUCUGAUGCGUUGUAUGUAUUGUUGAUCAUUUUCCUGGAUGGAGCCGUCUUUGAGAGAAUUGAACCGUACCAAAGACAGUUCACUAUCAAUGACCUUACAAUCAGCCAUCCGUUUGCAGAAGUUGAGCGUGUGAGCGGCCCAGCGUUGCUGAAUAUUGUGACAAUUGUGCCUACCCUGAUCAUUUUCACAGGAGUGCUCCUGCUCACCCCAAGACACCACAAGCUCUAUGUUUUGUAUGUGAGUCUGAUUGGACAGUACGUGUCCCUGGGAACCUGUGUUUUCAUUACCGACGUAUUCAAAAACUGGAUCGGUCGGUGCCGACCAGACUUCCUUGCACGGUGCCAGCCAGACCCGGCCGCUCUCAAAGAUACUCUUUAUUACGCAUCAGAAAUCUGCACAACCACAAACAAAGGCAGACUACUGGACGGGUUCCGCACGACUCCCUCUGGUCAUUCGAGCAUGAGUUUCUCCGGGCUCGGCUACGCUACUCUGUGGCUAUUGGGCCAGCUGACAGCCACCAAAAGCGACGUGGGAGCAUGGAGAGCCAUAGUGUCGUUGCUCCCCGCACUGUACGCCUCUUACGUGGCCAUGUCCAGAACACAGGACUACCGCCACCACUUUGUGGACGUCAUUCUCGGCUCAAUUCUUGGGUCGCUUAUCGCCUGGUGGUCAUACAGACGGCUGUUCCCAGCAGUCACCAGCUCCAACAGCUACACCCCAACAGCACUACAUUCCGACGACAAGGAGCACGAGUACACUCGGCUCCAAGACGAGUCGUACCAACUCGCGCCUCACAGCGAGGACGAACCCCCUGUCUAG